AUGCCGGGUACAUCCGGUCCCCUCCACCCCCUGCACGGGAUUAACCUCCCCUUUGCCAGCAGACACACCGGAAGUGGCGCCGGCAUGACCGGCGGGGCAGACAGCAGCAAAAAGGGAUCUAACUCUAGCGAGAAAAGCACCAAAACCUCCAUCUCCAGCAAGUCAUUACCGAAUCAGCCACAGCAGAGGUAUCAGUAUCUCUCCUAUCAGCCACAGCCGCAGCUUUUGUUGCAGCAGCCGCAGAUUUUACAGCAGCAGCAGCAGCAGAAACAGGGGCAGCAGCAUGAUAAGGGAGGAGGGUUACUCACCGCCCGGAAGCAGAAUAAUAAUGCCGGGAGGAUGUUUCUGGGGAACAACGAGGUUGCACAUCAAGGUAAAGGUCAAGGUCAAGGUCAGGAGGAGCCGGAUGCUGGGACCAAGCUGUGGAAAAAUACUGCUGCACUUGAUGAGGCCCGCAGCACAGAGAAGUGA